AUGUCAGAGGGUCCCAAUCCAGUCCUAAUUGCAGGCCCCGUCCUCAUCGGUUCCAUCGCGGCUUUCAUGCUUUAUGGGGGGCUGGUCGUCCAAGUUCACACCUACGCAUUAAGCUGCGUCCAGGAGAGACGAAGCAACCCAACACGUCUCAACCUUCUCGUGGGAUUCGUUACUUUGCUCGAAACGCUUAACAUUUGUUUCGUCUUCCACGCCACCUGGCAUGCACUUAUUACCGUGCUGUCCCUUCCACCGGACGCGGUCAAGUAUGCAUCCACUGGCCCCUUUCUUCAAAUCACCACCUCUUUAGUUGUGUUUGCAGUCCAGAUGUUUUUCGGGUGGCGAAUCUAUAUCGUAUCCUCCAUUAAGUUGGAAAAGAUCUUUCUCAGCGCCUGCGUUGUUCUGACCGCGAUCGCGGGACUGAUAUUGGCCAUCUUGGUGGGGCACCAUUACCUGACCAACAGCAUGGGCCAUAUCAUCAAUCUCGUGGUCGUCUUACAACUUGGUUUCAACCUUGUCUGUGACGCCUUCAUUACCAUAGGCAUGGUAAUCUUGUUGUUGAGGUACAAGCACGAAAUCAACAUCGCCGAAACGAAGCAUAUUUUGAACUCCCUCACCCUGCAUACUCUCGAGAACGGCCUCGCCACGACCAUCAUUGCAUCCCUCAACCUUUUGUUCUUCCUGAAGAGAGACGGCGACCUGAUCCACGCUGCUUUUAACUACCUCAUUGGGAGGUUAUACGCCAACGUUUUACUCGCCAGCCUCAACAACCGCGGGCGGCUCGCGCGAGCGGCUUCCCGCCUCAGUUCACGUACCGGUGCUGGUCAUACAACAUCCUUCUCCCUUCAGUUCAGCCAUACCAUCACGAAUCGGACUUCCCUUGGCCCUCACACUGCCCUCCCCACAGAGGAUGACGACCGUGCGUCAAUAGUAGGUGGGAAGCGGAGAAGCCAGCCCGGAUGGACAGAAGAGAGCGAUCGCUGA